AGUGAACACAGCGACAGAACCUCUGAACCGGCAGUGUCCAGUCUAACAGUGAACACAGGAACAGAACCUCUGAACCGGCAGUGUCCAGUCUAACAGUGAGCACAGCAGUCUAUCAGGUGUUUUCUUGCCGGGUUUGGCUCCUGGCAUUCCGGACUGAGUCAGUUCCGUUAGCUACACAGCUAACCCCAGCUAACCACAGUUAGCACUUCACUACUGAUCAGUGUUUACAUCAAGUAAUGGUAGCUAAUGUUAGCAGUGAGCUAACAUGGAGGGAAAAACUAAUGUGAUUAAGUUCAUGACAUUAGCUAAUGUUAGCUUUACAUCCAAGCAGACUAAAAGCUACAUCAGCUAUAUCUCAAAACUAACUAAAUCUACAACGUUAACUGACAUUUCCAGUUAGCUGUGUUAGCCUUUGCCCAAAACUAGCAAGGUCCAUAAUGUUAACUUGUGUUAGCUGUUGCAACCCAACUGGAUCCUCAGUGUUAGCUGCAUUAGCUUUCUUAUACUAGCUUCACCUCUACUGAUACUUAGCAAUCUUUCCAUGAUAAAGUCCGGAAACAUAGUAGCAAAACCGCUAUGCUUACAGCUAGCGCUAGGGCCAAACACAACCUCUGAAACCAGUGGUGUUCAUAGCAUAUGUUAGCUUUACUUAGCUAAUGUUAGCUUUACAUCCAAGCAGACUAAAAUAGCUAAUGUUAGCAGUUAGCUACAUUAGCUAUAUCUCAAAAGUAGGAAACCUAAAACAUUAGCUUAUAUUUUCAGUUAGCUACGCUUUUUCCCAAAACAUUAGCUUUGCCUCUGCUGCUACUUAGCAAUCUUUCCAUCAUAAUGUCCUUGCUUGAACCCGGUCCAGUCCGGCUGUUGAGCCCGGUUCUGUUAGCAGCAGUUAAUUAGUGGUUAGCUACUUUAGCAAGUAGUUAGGCUAACGCGAUCUGUAGCAAAUAUAUUGUGUAUAAAAUCUGAUCCAGUUUGAAUAAAGUUCUAAAGUUGUGCUCAGUAAUCAGUCCAGACAUAGAUGACUGUGACACUGAAAAGUGCUGAAUAUCAGUUGCUCAAGAAUGCUCAAGGAAAAGAAUUAAAAAUAUUUUGUUUCUUUCAAGCAUCGGCAUGCGAGCCUCCUUCCAGUCCUCUGUGCUACAGCUUCAUAAGAAUUACUACCAAACAUCAAGCAAGCUCAACAACACGAACAUUAGCAGCCAGAUCAGAUUUGUAACAAGCAGGAGGUGCACGGAGACCAGGGCUGAGUUCGAUCCCGUGGAGCUCAUCAAAGAUCGUUUGGUUCAAAUCUGGGUGGAAGCUCAUGUAGAAAACUCCAGCUGCACGUCAACCAGGAGCUCUGCCGUACUCAGAGAGACGGUCAAGUACGAAGCACCACAAAAUAUUUCCAUGUCCUGGUUAAGAAACAACCUCCGCUUACGAUGGAGAGCAGCAGAGAAUGAAUCAGCUCUGGCCGAGGUCCGGUUCAGACGAGAUGAACACCCCAAAGAAUCAUGGGAGAGUAGAAUAACAAAUACCACCAGUGAGACUUCAACAGCUCUAUCUCACGUCUUGACAGACCAGGUUAUUGAUGUGGAUCUGUCCAAACUUACAGUUUACCGGGUUCAAAUCAGACAACGGUCCAAUCAGGCUCCAAACCCACUGUGGAGUGACUGGUCUCCAGUUAUGAUCGUUCCUGCAGAGCUGGAACAAAAACCUGAAGUCACUGCGACAACAAGAGUCGAAAAUGGGACUCGAGAGGUGACGCUAACAUGGAAGCCGAUGCCACACGCAGAAGCAGUCACAGGAGUGACUUAUGUCCUGAAGCACGAGUAUUCUGGUGGAUGUCCUUGGGUGAAAAAGACCCACAUCAUCAAAUCAACCAAACACACUUCUUAUGUCUUGUACUCUGCUGUCAACAUCUCCGUUAUCGCCAGAAACACAGCAAGCCUUUCUCCUCCAGCAGUCAUACGAGUCCCGGCUGUACCUGCUGCAGAUUUAAAAGCUUGUGGCAAAACGUUACUGGAGAGCAGAUUAAACAAGAAAACUUGCCUUGAGUUGUACGAGCUUCAAGAUGGAGAAAAUGUGAUCACUAUAACAGCAAGGACGAAAAAAAAAAUGACCAUGAAAGACUACGUACGCUACCUUUACUUUGAACACAGUUGUGAUGGUGGUAGACCACGGACAGAUAAAAUGUGUCUCUAUUAUCAAAAGGAAGGUGUUCCACUCAGAGAACCUCAGGACUUCGCUCCUUUCAAUGAAACUCAAAGUUCUGUUCACCUGUCUUGGAGAGCGAUUCCCUCUGUGGACCAGCGAGGGUUCCUGACACACUACAGCCUCUGCAGUGUGAAGAUCAGUCCACAAGAUGAGCCCAAAGCAAAGUGCCAGAACGUAUCAGCCUCGCUGACAAAACACUGUCUGGAAAACUUGACACCCGGAGCAAAGUACAACAUCAGCCUGACCGGAGUGACGCGAGUAGGCGAAGGACCUAAAGCCACCGUAACAAUCAACACGGUGCCAGAGAAACAUGUGAAUGUGCCGUGGAGCCUCAGCUUGCUGAUUUUGCUCUCUUUAUUCCUGAUACCGUGCACCUGCAUCUUGAAGAGAACCAAAAACAAGAUCUUCCCUCCUGUGCCGACGCCUGUUAUUCCAGAUCACACCUCCUAUCAACCGGAGAGUCAGGAGAUGCUGGAGAGAGAGGAGGAGAUUCAUGAAGUGACGCUGCACCGGCUACAUCCAGAGGUCAGCUCUCUCCCCGAGGAGUCAGAGGAGGCCGGGGUCCACGGCGAUGAUGAAGAGGAGGAGGAGGAUGAGGAGAACGACAGGGAAGGUUCACGGAUGUCAGGAGGCUCGACAGAUGAGACACAGAGGAGCUCCAGAGGAGGAGACAUGACAGAUGUGGAACAGCUGGAGAAUGAGAUCGCCAUGCUGAUCUACAGGAACGGUUUGGUCUUCGAUGUGAAGACGGACGCGACGUAAAGGCAACCGGUGGAGACUCCAGGAAGUUACAGUUCCUUUAGCUGAGAGAUCUCCUGACAUUUUGAUCUUAGAACUGCACAUUGUACAUAAUUUGAUUUCAAAUGUUUUGUUCUGUAUUAAACAUCUUAAAUCCA